AUGACAGCAGAAGAUAAAAAAGCAGUUUUAAUUAAAGUCCCUGUAAAGGAUACAGAUGAAAAGAGAAGAAAAUUAAAUGCAAAAAUUAAGAAAGAAGAAUUAAAUGAAGAAGAAAAGAAAAAAAAGGAGGAAUUGGAAUUGCUAAUUACUAGAUUAAAAGAUGAUGAUAUAAAUGUAGUAAAUUUAUCGAUUAAUUUAUUAAAUAAAGAAAUUAUUGAUACUAGUGGAAUUUUAACUUCUUUGCUAGCUUUAAAAGUUUUAAAAACACAUUAUAAUACAUUAAUAGAAAUACAUAAUGAAAUGAAAUUUGAAGAAUGUAAAAGAAAAUUAAGCAAUAUGAUAAGUGCUUUAUCUACCACAAUAGGGGAUGAAAAUAAUAUCGUAAAAUAUGUUAUAUCUGGAAAUAAAAAAGAUAUAAUAAAUUAUGGGCAUGAGUAUAUAAAGAACUUAAUUACUAAAUUAUUAGCUGAAUAUAAAAAUAUAAAAGAAGAAGAAGCAAAUUUAAAUACUAAUGCAACAACAAAGAAUGUUACAGUAAAUCAUAUAUAUGAAUUAGUAAACAUUAUUGUUCCUUAUUCUUUUAGUCAUAAUACUGAAUAUGAGGCCAUUGAUUUAUUAAUAGAAGUAGAUAAAAUAAAUGAUAUUUAUUUAUAUGUUGAUGAAAAAUCUUGUGAUAGAUCUAUAUUGUAUUUGUCAAACUUGACGCACUAUAGCUCAUCCACAGAAGAGUAUUAUAAAUUAAUGAAUGUGAUACUAAAUAUAUUAAAAAAACAUAAAAGGCAUAUAGAAUGUUUAAAAAUAUUAUUAAGAUUAAAUAAAAUAGAUAAAAUUAAAGAAUUAAUAUUUGAGUGUGGAGAUAUUUUAAUAUGUAAACAAAUAGCUCUAAUAUGCUCAAGACAUUGUGUUUAUUUAGAAUUUACUGAAGAAGAAAAGUCAAAAUAUCCAAAUUUGAAUUUAACACAAAUAUCUAAUUUAUCAUCAGGGGAACACUUAUCGUCCAUUUUUUUAAAAUUAGCCAAAGAUUUAGAUGUAGAAGAACCCAAAUUACCAGAAGAUGUUUAUAAAACCCAUUUAGAAGAAAAAAGAAAUACAAGUGUAUGGGACUCUGCAAAACAAAAUUUGUCUUCAACAUUUGUUAAUGCAUUUGUAAACGCUGGUUUUUGUAAAGAUAAAUUAAUGACUGUUAAUUCCUCUUUAUGGCUUUUUAAAAAUAAGGAAUAUGGAUUAAUGAGUGCAACUGCAUCAAUGGGAUUACUAUUAUUGUGGAAUAUCGAUGAAGGAUUAUCUCAAAUUGAUAAAUUUCAAUAUAGUAGUGAUCAGUAUGUAAAGUCAGGUGCUUUAAUGGCAUUUGGAUUGGCCUGCACGAAUAUAAAAAAUGAAUGUGAUCCUGCAUAUGCUUUGUUAUCUGAACAUAUAGAUGCACAAAAUGUAAUGGAAAAAAUUGGUGCUAUUUUAGGUUUUGGCUAUGCUUAUGCUGGUACUAAUAGAGAAAAUUUGUUAGACGUUUUAAUUCCACCUUUAGUUGAUAAUGGUUGUAUUAUUGAAUGCAGUGUUUUUGCUGCUUUAUCUUUAGGUUUAGUUUUUGUUGGAUCACAAAAUAGAGAAAUUGCUGAAUAUAUCAUUGAUACCGUUUUAGAAAAAGAAAAAAUAAACAAUUCUUUGGAUUCACCAAUAGCAAAAUUGUAUGCUGUUGCUUUAGGACUCUUAUUUCUUUGUUCAAGAGAAAAAUGUGAAGCUACAUUGUCUGCCUUGGAAAUUAUUAAACAUCCUAUUUCAAAAUAUAUGAUUGCAACAGUAGAAGGAAUGGCUUUUGCAGGAUCUAAUGAUGUUCUGAAGGUUCAAAAGAUGUUGCAAUUGUUAGUUGAAAAACGAAAUGAUAAAAAAAUUAAUACUGAAAAUAAAGUUAAUACAGAUAACAAAAAUGUAAAUGUAGAUAACAAAAAAAAUAACACUAACAAAAAUGUAAAAAGUAAUGAUGCAAAAAAUACAAACAGUAAUAAUUAUGUAGAGGAUAAUUUAGAUCAAUGUGUAGCUAUUUUGAACAUUGCACUCAUAGCCUUAACUGAUGAUAUAAGUUCAGAAAUGACAACACGAAUUAUUGAUCAUUUUUUACAAUAUUCUAAUGUAAAUCAAAAAAAAGCUGUUCCAUUAGCUUUGGCAUUAUUAUUUACAUCAUUUCCAAAACCAAAUAUUGUAGACAUUUUAUCAAAAUUAACGCAUGAUCAAGAUCCUGAUGUUGCUUUGCAUGCUAUCAUCUCGUUAGGAUUUGUUGGUGCAGGAACAAAUAAUUCAAGAAUAGCUAUUUUAUUGAGACAAUUAUCCGCUUUUUAUUGCAAAGAUACCAAUGCUAUUUUUGUUGUGAGAUUAGCUCAAGGUUUGUUAUAUAUGGGGAAAGGAUUAUUAACUAUUAAUCCUUUGCAUUCUAAUCGUUCAAUUAUUAACUAUGUUUCAUUAGGAUCUUUAUUAGUAACAAUACAUGCUUGUUUGCAACUGAAAUCAACAAUAUUAGGCAAAUAUCAUUACUUGCUUUAUCAUUUAGUACCUUGUAUUUAUCCAAGAAUGCUUGUAACUGUUAAUGAAAAUUUAGAACCAUUACCAGUGUCUGUCCGUGUUGGACAGGCUGUUGAUGUUGUUGGGCAAGCAGGAAAACCAAAAACAAUAACAGGAUUUCAAACUCAUGUUACCCCAGUUUUAUUAUUACACACAGAUAGAGCAGAAAUAGCAACAGAAGAAUAUAUACCCAUCAAUGACACUUUAGAAGGAAUAGUUAUUCUAAAAAAAGAUCCAAAUUACAUUCCUCCAGCAAUUAAUUAA